GCGGAAACUUCAAAAACCAAGGGACGUUACUCCGAAAAAACAAUGUUAUAAUAAAUUUAAAUGAUUAACAUGUUUACUGGUUUUCAGAUAUGGUUCUGACACCAAAUAUGGCAGCUGAAGACAGAGAAAGUAAAGAAAAAUCUGGAUUUGACUCGUCAGAUGAGGAGGAAGGGGAGCUUGAUCUGUCUCCUUUCCAGCUAUCAUGGUUAGAGCUCGGUACAGGUGAUGGAGAGGACAAGCUUGGAAUUAGUGGACUACCAGGUUGUAAGUUUAAAGACACAUGGAGAAGUUUAGAGAAUGAUAUUAAGUGCCUAAUAUCAGAAGGGGUAGGUGAGGUUUUCUCCUUGUGUACAAAGGGGGAGUUGAACAAGUAUCGUGUUCCAUGGUUACUGAAUGAAAUGACAGGUGCCGAUAUUGUUGUACAUCAUUACCCAUUCCCAGACGGUCAGACACCAAAUAUGGCAAGCCUGCUGAAAAUGGUGGACGAGAUUCAAGUGUCGGUACGCAAUGGAAGAAAACCUUUAGUACACUGCUUUGGUGGACUAGGAAGAUCAUGUUUAGUUGCAGUAUGUGCAAUGUUGGUGAUAGAUGAAAGCUUGGAAGCACAGACAGCUAUAGAUAAAGUAAGAGCUUUACGAGGGCCAGGAGCUAUACAGUCUGUCAAGCAAUACAACUAUGUGUGUGAUUUCCGACAGCUGUAUGAAGAAUAUAAGAAAGAGAAUGAAACAGAAACUAGGUCAAUCUCAAGGUGACAUAGUCACAGUUCAGUAGCUUAAUACUAUGCAUUUAAAUUAUUAUAAAAUUGCAUAUUUAAUAUGACACUACAUUCUUUCAAAGAACUGCAGCAAAUCUAGUUCAAGAAUAUUGAUUCUUUCAUGUGCAUGUGUUCAUUUUCCAGUGGCAUGUAGUUAGGUGAUGUUUACUGGAUUUAUCAUUAAAUACUGCUUUCCAAUAAAAGAUGGAUAUUAGUAGUCUUAAGAUAGUCUGAAUUCAGGAAAUUUACAUUGCAUUCCAUGACAGAAAAAAACUAUUGAAAAGUAAUAAUUUUCAAGUUCGACAACCUUUUGAAUGAAAAAUUUCUUGCUGGCUUUCAUAACCGUCGUAAUUUGAAACAAAGUGCUAGGUGGAAAUUCAAACUGUUAAGUUGAUAAUUUGAGAUUGGCUAAUUUUCAAAUUAAUUUAUUUACUCCCUGAGGCCAAUAUCAUAAUAUACAUGCUGCGGCGAGAUAAGAAUUACCACCUGACGUCGAAGAACAUUAUCUGACUUUCUCAUUUUCUCAUAAUCACUCUCGCAGGCAGUCAGUUGAAAUCAUGCACGGAAAUAUUAUUAACAUGGGCGUAAAUUAAACUAUACUUAUCAAAUCUUUCAAGUUUGAACAAAUAUUUAUAAUAUUUAUCCACUUUCGUCCAUAAGUUACACCAAAUAGAAUUAUAAUUUCACUUCGAAACAUUCAUCAUUUUUACACACCUAUUGCGAUUAAUAAAUAUUUGAACAUCUCCGAUUUCAUUACUUUUUCACAUGUAAACACAUUAGAUUCCAAUAAAUAGAAAUACAUUAUUAACACAGAGUAUUUACAUCAGCAUUACUCAAAAUUAACACCCAUUUUUGAGUGAAUAUCGAUGGUUUAUUUUGAUGUAUAAUUUAUUUCUAAACAUGUACACAAACGUUGUGUGACACGCACUGAGACAGUUAAGUUGUAAUAUUUACACCUAUCUUUGAAGAAUUAUUUAAUUUACAAAAAGCGUUUAUUUACACACAUUUUUAUUUAUGAAACAUGUUUUGCUGUCACACUGUUAUUUUUAUCCAUUAGAAUUUAAUGCGAUGUAAGUGUACGAAUAUUUCAGCUUUCUAAAAGUUAACAUUUUCUGACCAUUCAUUUCUCUGAUAAUGAAAUUUCAUCGUCGGAAUCGUGAUCCGACGGACUGAUACGUCAAAAUCAACAUGAUAAUGAAUAUUUUCUUCAAUGUAAGAAAAAUCUCAGGCAGCAGACAUUAUUUUAAUCUUUUGAAAUACAGUAUGAACGAAACACAGCGGAGUUCGUCUUUUUUAUUUCCUUUACCGAAUAUUUGCAAACAUUUAUUUUAACAAGGAAACUAAUUAUUAGCAUAAUUAAUAAUUAUAACAUCUAAGAAAUAAUAGCCGGUAUGCAAAUCAAUUUUGCUUUUAUCAGGAUUAUCAAAAAUUAACAAGUAUAUGACGCAGUCAGCAUGAUCUCGGGUCCGCGACUAUAUUCGUCAAUCGCCGUCCUGGGGAGUCCUGAUAACGCGCGUAUAGUCGGAUAUCCACGCUACAGGGGUAGAAAAUAUAGCGCCUUUAGUCGCAUUUCGGCCCCAAGGAGUUAAUUAUCUGACUACCAUUGACUCAGUAGGGAUGAAAUCUCAUAUUUGAACAUAUAUUUCAAUACUGUGCAUGUACUGGUACAUUGCAUUAUUUAUUUGUUACCCAUUCUGUUGGCUAUAUAUGCAUUGUCCUUUAGCAUAUGCUGCAUUUUCUUGCUUAAAUGAAUAAAUAAAAUACGUUUUAGUA